UUACGCAGCGUGCCUGACAGCGGAGCAGCGGCGCAGAGAGCAGCAGCAGACAGACACAGAGGCAGCGGAGUUGGUACGAACAUCUUCGACUUCUCAAAAACCAAACCAAAAAAAAAAGAACAAGAAAAAGAAAAAGGAAAAAAACACAUCGACUGUCUCUCUCUACAGCUGCUCCGCGUACAGACAUGCCUCGGAUUAAUCACUGAUUUUUGUUUUAAUUUUUUUUUCCUCUUUAAAUUUUUGUUGUUGUUUUUUUUUUUUUUUUUGGUGUGUGUGUGUGUGGAUGGAUUUACAUUGGAUUUAAACGCCUGAUCACACUCCAGAGAAGAGGGGAAAAGAUGACUAAAUGUGAAGUAAACAGCGCAGGAGAAAGAAGUGUGCCUUGUUUGGAGCUGAACGGCUCUUGUGCCACAACAUAAGAAGAAAAAAAGAAGAGAAAAAAAGGAAAGAAAAACCCUCUGGAGCGCAUCUAAAGGCCAGCAGCAGCCUUGUUAGCUUGUUAGCAUCAGCUAGCUCGGCCGGCUAACGCUAGCCCGUUGCUAACGUUACAGGUGUUUUUUAAGAGAGGGGGCAGCAAAAAAAUACACACCAAAAAAACAACAACUUAUAGCUUGUAGUUAGCUGGCAACUCCAAUGACGUGACUUUAAAUUGGACUUAAAUGUUGCCUGUUGUGAGGUUUUUUUUUUGUUUUUAGCAAGUAUAUCACUUAGCAACAGUGUUGUUAGCUGUUAGCAGGCUAGCUUCACUUAGCCACCACAAGCUAGCGAGUUAACUUUUACAGCUACAUGUGCUUAUUUUCUCUUUAAUGUAGCUAAUCUGUGGCUGCUCAACUACGCUCUAUACUCUGGUCCUCGCUUUAGUUUUGGUGUCACUCUUUAUAUGUGCUAAAGUGAGCCUGGUAGACUUUUUUUUCUCUCGUCUACUACUACUUCUUCUUCUUCUUGUUCUACUACCCCACAACCGUGCCUACUUGCCCCUGGACUGGACUGACCCACCCACAAGGACUUAAUCUAUCCGGGGCCGAUGCUGACAGUUCAGCCCGGAUCACGGCAACAACGCCAGGAGCCGCCACAGCGAUGCAGCCCCAGCAGAUAUACGACUUUUCAAGUGACGAGAACAGCCACAAAUGGAGAGGCCUCUUCGUGCAAGCUCUACGAAAGGUACAGAAGCAGGUCCACCCAAACCUCAUGGCGAAGGAGGAUGCCCUCCAGUACAUCGAGGAGCUGAUCCUGCAGCUGCUCAACAUGCUGUGUGUGGCCCAGCCUCGCUCCGUGCAGGACGUAGAGGAGCGUGUCCAGAAAACGUUUCCCCACCCAAUAGAUAAGUGGGCGAUUGCUGAUGCCCAGUCAGCUAUUGAGAAACGCAAGAGGAGAAACCCUUUACUUCUCCCUGUGGACAAGAUACACCCGCUGCUAAAGGAGGUUUUGGGCUAUAAAGUCGACUACCACGUCUCCUUGUACAUCGUGGCUGUUCUUGAAUACAUAUCAGCAGACAUACUGAAGCUGGCGGGCAACUAUGUCGGCAACAUUCGGCACUAUGAAAUCAGCCAGCAGGACAUCAAGGUGUCCAUGUGCGCUGACAAGGUGUUGAUGGACAUGUUUGACCAGGAGGACGAAAUGGGCUUAAUUGGUUUAAUGAUGCAGUGCACAGAGGAGCCGUUGUCCUUGGCGGAGCUCACAUACGACGACAUGGUGAGGCUCGAAAUCGCAGAGGAGCGACAGUACCUGCGCGACCUCGACCUCAUCAUCAAAGUGUUCCGCCGUCACUUCCUAUCCAACCCCAAAACCUUCACGACUCAGGAUGUGGAGUUGAUCUUCAGUAACAUCCUGGACAUCCACGAGCUGACGGUGAAGCUGCUCGGACUGAUCGAGGAUGCCGUGGAGAUGACCGCUGACGGUAGCCCUCAUCCGCUGGUGGGCAGCUGCUUUGAGGAUCUAGCAGAGGAGCAGGCGUUUGACCCCUACGAGACAUUGUCUCAGGAUAUCCUCAGCAGGGACUUCCACGAGUACUUCAACAACCUGAUGGCACGACCGACUGCUGGCCUCUACUUCCAGUCAGUCGCAGAAGGCUUCAAAGAAGCAGUCCAGUAUGUCCUCCCACAGCUGAUGAUGGUCCCAGUGUAUCACUGUAUACACUACUUUGAGCUACUUCAGCAACUUCAGGAGCGCAGUCAAGAUCAAGAUGACAGAGAGUGUAUGAAACAGGCGAUCACAGCGCUGCUCAACCUUCAGAGUAGCGUGGAGCGCAUAUACUCCAAGUACCUGCCUCGGCGUAAACCUGGUGAGCCCGUUUACCGCCUGUACAGCAGACAGAUUCGUAGCAAACAACUAGCCAUCAAACGCAUGAACGAAAUCCAGAAGAGCAUCGACGGCUGGGAGGGGAGGGACAUCGGCCAGUGCUGCAGCGAGUUCAUCCUGGAGGGGCCGCUUUUACGAGCGGGCGCCAAGCACGAGCGACACAACUUCCUGUUCGACGGCCUGAUGAUCAGCUGCAAGGCCAAUCAGAGUUCGCGGCUGCCGGGGUCCGGCAGCGGGGCAGAGUACCGCCUGAAGGAGAAGUUCGUGCUUAGGAAGACCCGCAUCGUGGACCGCGAGGACUCGGCGGAGCAGCGGCACGCUUUUGAACUGAUGGGCAAAGAAGAAAACUGCGCCGUUUUCUGUGCACGGACAGCAGAUGAGAAAGCGGCGUGGAUGGCGGCGCUGGUGACUCUGCAGUAUCGCUCCACUUUGGAUCGCAUGUUAGACACAGUGUUGGAGCACGAGGAAGAGGCGCAUCCUCUAAGACUGCCCUCCCCGGAGGUUUACCGCUUCGCUGUGCAGGACUCUGAGGAGAAUAUAGUUUUUGAGGACAAAGUGCAGAGCAAAACAGGCAUCCCCAUCAUUAAAGCCGGCACAGUGGGCAAACUCAUAGAGAGGCUCACCUACCACAUGUAUGCUGAUCCUAACUUUGUGCGCACGUUUCUCACCACAUACCGAUCAUUCUGCAAACCACAGGAGCUUCUCUCCCUCCUCAUAGACAGGAUUGAGAUCCCUGAGCCAGAACCGACUGAGGACGACCUACGUGCUCUCAUGAACGGCGAGCAGCCGAUGUCAGCCGAGCUCCAGAGGUUCCGCAAGGAGUACGUGCAACCAGUCCAACUCAGGGUCCUCAACGUUUUCCGUCAGUGGGUCGAACAUCAUUUCUACGACUUUGAAAAUGAUCCAGACCUGAGAAGUCGAUUAGAGGAAUACAUCACCUGCAGAAUUCAACUGCGAGGCAAGUCUAUGAGAAAGUGGGUCGAGUCCAUCAAUAAGAUCAUCAAGAGGAAGAUGCAGACGCAGUCAAACGGCGUCAGUCACAACAUCACCUUUGAGAGCCCGCCUCCUCCCAUCGAGUGGCACAUCAGCAGAGCGGGCCAGUCGGAGUCAUUCGAACUCAUGACCCUUCACCCCAUAGAGAUCGCCCGACAGCUGACUCUGCUCGAGUCGGAGUACUACAGAGCUGUGCGGCCGUCUGAGCUGGUCGGCAGCGUCUGGACCAAAGAGGACAAAGAGAAGAACUCACCGAACCUGCUCCGUAUGAUCCGUCACACCACCAACCUCACACUGUGGUUUGAGAAGUGUAUUGUAGAGACCAAGAACAUGGAGGAGAGGGUGGCAGUGUUGAUACGGGUCAUUGAGAUCCUUCAGGUUUUCCAGGAGCUCAACAACUUCAACGGCGUGCUGGAGGUGGUCAGCGCCAUCAACUCUGUCCCCGUGUACAGACUCGACCACACCUUUGAGGCAAUACCAGAGAGGAAAAAGAAAAUCCUGGAAGAAGCUGUGGAGCUGAGUCAGGACCAUUUUAAGAAAUACUUAGCUAAACUCAAGUCAAUAAACCCACCCUGUGUGCCUUUCUUUGGUAUCUAUUUAACCAACAUCCUGAAGACGGAGGAAGGCAACCCAGACUUCCUCAAACGCCACUCCAAGGAGCUGAUCAACUUCAGCAAGAGGAGGAAAGUGGCGGAAAUCACCGGAGAGAUCCAGCAGUACCAGAACCAGCCCUACUGCCUGAAAGUGGAGUCCGACAUCAGGAAGUUCUUCGAGAACCUGAACCCGAUGGGAACACUGAGUGAGAAGGAGUUUUCUGACCACCUGUUCAACACGUCUCUGGAUAUUGAGCCAAGGAACUGCAGACAGCCUCCCCGAUUUCCCAGAGUGAGCGGGUACACUCUGAAAUCACCGGGGAUCCGGCCUGUGCGAACGUCUACCUCUGGCACCCUGAAGGGCCACCCGGUCCCCCUGGAGAAGGAGCCGUCCCAUAAGAUCACCUUCCGGAGCAUCGCAGAGACGGAGACGGAGACGCCAGCGUCUGUCUCCGUGCCCACCUCUCCUAACACGCCCACCCCCCCUCAGUCGGCCUCCUCUGACCUCAGCUCCGUUUUCAUCGAGCCCGACCUCAGCAGCUCCUACGGCGGAAGCAACUCCAUAUUCGCUUCAGUUCUCCUUCCGCCUUCAAAGCUUCAGUCUGUGUCUUGCGGCAGCCUCCACCAGCUCGGAGAAGAGCCGCAGAAGCCGCCUCCUCUGCCGCCACGAAGGAAGGACGCGAUGUCUGAAGCUAAGCUGAGCUCCAGGUCCGACAGCCCCCCGGCCAUCCCUCCCCGGCUGCCCCCUCCUCUGCCCAGGAACCAGCCUCGACCGCCGGUGUUGUACAACGGCCCGCUCGACGGCCCCCUUCCCAGCCCGCCUCCUCCACCUCCUCGCGACCCUAUGCCCGACACGCCUCCCCCGGUGCCCCAGCGGCCCCCGGAGAUCUUCAUCAACUACCCUCUCAACCUGCAGCCUUCCCCCGUGGGCCGCUACCACUGGGACUUCAGCAGCUCGCCCAGCUCGCCCAACACCCCGCCCAGCACGCCGUCGCCUCGCAUCCCGAGGCGGAGCUGCCCGCUCAGCGCCAGCCAGAACAGCCUGUGCCCGUUACCCAUUCCCAUCACCGCUCCCCCGGUCCCACCGCGCCACAACUCCAGCCCACAACUCCCCAAACUCCCACCAAAGACAUACAAAAGGGAGCUGCUGCCGCCGCCGUUACAAGGCCUCUCAUUGUUGGAGAACACCGACAGCAGCCAAUGAGUCUGCUGUGUUUAAGUUUUUUGGGGGUUUUUGUUGUUGUUUUGUUUUUUAAAACGCCAAGAGAAAGAGAGAGGUAAUCUUGAAAUGCAAAACCGCGUCCUACAAACUACGACACAAAGCUACUGAUCAGACAGAAUAACACUGCUAACCCCCUUCUUUUUUUCCCCCCAAUCAAACACACACUCGCUCUUAACUGCACCCGCCCACCUUCUGCAUUAACCAAUCACACACACACACACCUCUUUACUUCCCACCCGCUGUGCCUCUCAGGGGAUCAGUAGCUCCGCCUUCAUCAUAAACCCUCUGUGCCAAUGAGAAACCCCCACACCGGUGUGCCAGCUAAUAAACAACGAGGAGCACCAAGACACUGUUGCCGUGUGAGUGUUUGUUUCGUUCUUACGGAGCAGAGACUGUCCGCUGCUCCUCUGUAAAAGUUCUCACCCCCUCCUCUUCCUCCUCCUCCUCCUCCUCCUCACACACUCUUAAAACUCACACUUUACCCCACAUCCCCACUCCAGUACCAGAGUGAGGGAUGCAUGUGGGGAGGCCUUGGACUUUUUGUAGCCUCAACUUUGUCAUUGCUUUUUAUUUGUUUGGGCAUUGACAUCAUCAUCUUUAACUUUCGUCGUCGUCGUUCACCCUGGAUUCCUGCUGCAGCUCACAGAUUUUCAUCUUCGCCUCUCCUCAACGAUCAACGUCGACUUCGUAGCUCUUUCUUUCACUGUGUUUUGGGGCGGGGGCAGGUGUGAGCGGCGGCAGGCGAGAAAAAAAAAAGACAUUUCCAUUGACUUUUUUUUUUGUUUUUGUUUUCCUACGAACUGAGAAGAAAACAGUUGCCAAAGUCUUAUUUUAUGCAGGGGGAUAAGGGAUUUUCUUUUCUUUUUUUUAAACUAAUGUGACAUUUAAAAAAAGAAACACGAAAAAAGGAGGCAACACUGAACUCCCCCCCUCCCUCCCCUCCUCUCCUCUCCUGCCCUCCUCCCACUUAUAUCUCAACUGUACACACUGUGACUGUAUAGAAAGAAGUGAGUCAAACUAUCUUGACUGGGUUUUUUUUGUUUAUUUGGGGGGUUUUGGUUUUUUUUUUUGGCAGGCCUCUCCGCAGCCACAAAACGUUGCCUUUAACAAAGAAAAAAAAAAAUCCCAACAGCGGUGUGUGUGACCUCUGACCCCCAAGCUCCACGUCCUCUCGGCCCCCUUUUGCGGAUGGGGGGGAAAAAAACGACAGCCAAGAACACUCCACAUUUGCACAUCGAGCUUUUUGGGCAAAGUCAGCAGGUUGUUUUUUUGGGGGGGUUUUUGCGAUGAGACUAUAAAAAAAAUAGAAUUAAAAUUGAAAGAAAUCCCUCUGCGUUGCGUGUCAGAAGGGACGUCUGCCACGAUAUCAAACAGCACCGAUCCAGGACGAAGACGAGGAGAGAUGACGGAGCUCCGACUCUUUGAAAUCUGAUGUCUUAACCCCCCCCCACCCCCUUCUUCCCCCUCUCUCUUAUAUAGACGUGUGCUGCUGUCUGACACUGUGCUCUUCUCCCAAAAAAAAGGCCCCACAUGACCAACUCUUCCUUCAUUUGGUAUUAAAAAAACUCAAAAACUCAGCACUGGAAGCACGCAACUCCCCUUCCUCUCCUCCCUCUACCAAAGCUGGGUCAGCUCCCCCUCUCCUCGCCCCCUAGUGGCUGCUCCAAGUACCUACAAACCCAUUAAGAAAAAAAAAGGAACUUUUUAACUUCUUCUUUAUCUCUUUCAUUUGUGUUUUUUUUCCCUGCUUGAAACAUUUUUGGACAGACUGAAAUAAUCCAUGCAUCAUGCUCAGAUGUGCCUUUUUAUUUUUCUUUUUUUUUCUUUUCUAUUUUACAGAAUAAGCAAAUGGUGUCUAAAAUGCUAAAAAAUAAAGUUGCCUAUGUAAUGUUUAGAACAAAAGCUAUACACUAUGAAAUUGUACAUGUUUGUGGAUACUGUGUAUAUAUAACAUGUAUACACUAACUAAAUAAUUUGUAUAAAGUUUUUCUCCCCUCCCCCCCCCCUCUUGUUGUAUUGUACCCUCAUCCGCAUCUGUUCAGUCAAAUCGAAUAUUGCCUAAUAAUCCAAUGCUGCUACAGUCGGAUAAAAAAAUAGUAAAAAAAAACAACAACAAAAAAAACAA